AUGGCCGCUGAGGAAUCACUCAUCCAUCUUCUCCACCUCUUCGAUUCUCUCUGGUUCGAGAACCAUAUUCUCCACAACAAUUCAAAUUCACAACUCGAUUCUAAAUUAGAAGACGAGAAUGAGUUGCCAAAGUUAGCUAGAAUCUCGAUUGAUCAAGAUUUCGAGGCCAAGAAAAUUCUGAUAAAUACAUCACAAGAAAGCCUGAGCAGCGGAGACUCGGAGAAUCUCCUCUCUCCCAACUCGGUUCUCAUGAGGUCUCCCGCAAAGCUCGAGAACAUUCUUUCGAAAAAAGAAUCACCGGAGCAGAAAAAACAAAACAAGAAAGUGAAGAAAAAAAUAAAUGAAAAAAAUAAGAAAAAAGGAAAGCUGAUGAGCAGCAAGAGCUUAUCGGAGCUGGAGUUCGAGGAGGUCAAAGGGUUUAUGGAUUUAGGGUUUGUGUUUUCCGAAGGAGACAAGAACUCAAGCCUCGUCAAGAUUAUUCCCGGCUUACAAAGAUUCGGCGAAGUCGAUAAAGAAAAAGAAGAAAAAGAAAAUGGUUCGAAAAAAAUUAACGGAGGUGAUAAAUCUUUGAUAAGGCGGCCGUAUUUGUCACAAGCGUGGGAGAUUAUGGAGUACAGAAGGAGAAAAGAGCCUGCGGAGAAGCUCAAGUGGAAGAUCAAUGCAGCAGUGCUUGAUAAUGAAAUGGACAUGAAGAAUCACUUGAAGUUUUGGGCUCAGUCAGUGGCUUCUGCUGUCAAGUAG